AUGGGCUUGGGGGUUGGCGGGCUGCUUCCGCCGGCUACGGGUGCGCAGUGCGUCGAGUACCAGCGAGACCACAGGAAGGACAUCACAGAUGAGGAGCGGGAGGCGUUCGAAGUGCUGUGGGCGCGGGACGCAGAGGACAAUCCGCCAGAGCUCAAGCGGAAGAACCUCAUCGAUUUUGCGCAGUUCGCCCGAGUGAGCGGCGAGAAGGCGCACAGGAGCAAAACGGAGGCGGACGCCCCGAUGACCCACGCGGCCUCCUUCAUCUGGGCGGUUCAGGUGCAGGGCUUUUCGGGUGAGGAGGCUGACGAUUGGAGGCAAGAGCUGAAGAACGACCGCAACAUCGACAGGGAUAGCAAUGGUCCUCGCGGGCGGUUUCAAUUGUACAUCCCCAGCGUGGAGAGGCGCAAAGUGCGAGGCCGUGAACAAUACGAAGACAACCAAGCUGUCGAAGGCAACAAUAAGAACAAGAAGCCGCCAGAGGAGUACCACGCCAUGCUGGAGCGACACGUUCUUCGGCAAGAUGCGUCUUUCGGUGACGGCUUCUUGUCGAUGAGUUCGACGGACGCAAUCGCUGGCAAGAAGCGGCAGAUGGGCGAGGCGGCCAUCGGCGUCGACGAGGGUGACGGCAACAAGCGGGCCAGGACUAGCAAGAGAACGGCCGCUUCCGAUGCCGCGGGCGGCGAGGAUAUAUCAUCGGCCAAGACGAAGGCUUUCGCGAAGUAUGAGAAGGAGGUCGGGGUCGCUUCUGCCAAGCUCUUGGAUGCCACGAAGAAGGGUAAGUCGGCGGCGUCGACGCUGCUGGAGCACCCGAGUCACCUGCGGGCCUCUGACCGCGUGCUGCUGGAACACGCUCGGGUGUUGCAGUUCAAGCACGAGGUUCGCUGGUUCGCGCGUGGCCUGAUCGAGGUCGCGCGACGCCUUUCGGGUGCGGGCGUGGGCCUGAGCAUCGCCAAGUGGAGUUCUCGUGGAUCUGGCGACGCGGCCAGCGCGAGCCGCGCGAGCGAGGCCGAGCUUUCGACGGAGAGGGUGGCCGAGAUACAGGGCAUGACAACGCGCGGCUUCCUGCAGGCGGAGGAAUUCCAGAGGUUCGCGUUCUGGGCGCUGGGCCAGCUGCAGGAGUUCCAGCAGUGCGAUCUGCUCGACUCGCCCAUGGACGAGCUGGAUUUGGCCAGCCUCUUCGAGAUGUCUGGGCCAGCCUUCCGCGAGUACACGUCGAAGGUCGAGACGGUGCUAGCGGUCGCCAGGAUGACCGCAGCAGGCAUUGUCAAGACGGCAGCGGAGAUGGCAGCCCACAUCAGGUCCAAAGCGGGCCAGGCGCAAAAGGAGCAGCGCAAGAAGGAGCAGGAGGCGGCGAGGGCAGAGAUUGCUGCCAUCAGGCAGCGGGCUCAGGAAGCGGCUCGCGCCGUCGCUAGCGCGCGGGCGCGAGGCAGGAGCGGCCCGACCCGGUCGAUCUUCACGGCGGAGCACGCGCUCGCCGAGAUGGUGGAGGUGGUGAAGUGGACGGGCCAGUUCGACGUGGACACGCCUUCCGCGUUCGAGCUUCCAGACGCAGUGCAGAGGGCCUUGGCCGACGCGGACUUCUUGCAGACAUCAGCCGUGUUUGCAGCGCAAUACAAGAGGAUCGAGUCGGUGGCCAGCACGGGCAUCGGGCAGUCCCAGCUUACCGACAAGUGCAAGCAGGCCGUCUCGGACGCCAUGGUGUCUAUGGCUCCCCAGGGCGCGAAGCUUGAUCUGUCCGUGGCGUCUAUUCCAGGUGGCGACCAGUUCGAGGCGCAGUCGUGGCUGUUCGGAUUGUCGCCGCAGAUGCGUCGGGUGGUCUUCACGCCGAACUACGCGGCGUGCUUCAAGGUGUUGCUGGCGUGGCAGUGCGAGCGCCUCCUGAUCGAGCUCGAUUCCAUGCUGAAGGCGGUUCCGGAAGUGUUCCCAGACGUGGCUGCGGAGCAGGAGUUGACGGAGUCGGUCGGCAAGCUCACCAACAUCAGGCCCCUCGUCGACGCGGGGGUGAGGGUGCGGCGGCAGACGUUGCAGCCUGGGGCGGCGUUGUACAUCCCCAUGGGUUUCAUUUGCGUGGAGGUGGCUUCGGAGCAGCGGCAGGUCCACUACGGCGUGAGGAAGAGUUGGUUCACGCACGCCGCGGCGAGCAUCAAGCACUACGAGCAGAUCUUGGGCAUGAUGAAGAUCGAUCCUGCAGGAGACGGCCGCAUGGAUAACAUCCUCAUGGCCAUGAGGGCCGCUGCUGCAGCAGCCAGGUCGGCGGCGCCCGAGCCGCUGGCGCCUGUGAAGAAGGAGCAGUGGGACGUUAUGUCCGCCAAGCUCGGCGAGCUUGUCGACUUGACGGCCGCGGAGCCCAUCUCCGUUGCCGACGACUACUUGUGA